AUGAUGUACAUCAGACCACAGGAGUAUUAUGACAAUCUAGCCAAAAGAUUAAACGAAAGCGAAUUGGCAAAGACUUCAAAAGUUGCAGACAUAUGCCUAGCAUCUAGCAUUGAAGCAGAUGACGACUCUUCACAUGUAUCCGGCCUAGUCAACACAGGAAAUACUUGUUUUAUGAACUCUGUAUUACAAGCACUAUCCUCCUUACCUCACUUGCACAAUUAUCUGGAACAUAUCAGUCAUAUUGCCACAGGAGUGCCAUUACCAGUAACUCGAUCUCUCUUGAAAACUAUCCGAUCACUAACCAAACCCUUGUACCGUCGCUCGUCUUUUCGCCCUGUGGAUAUUGUCACUGCAUUAUCGUCCAACAGACGAAUUAUCAGUCGCGAACAGCAAGAUGCACAAGAAUUUUUUCAGCUAGUGUCUAGUGCAAUGGACACAGAGGGACAAAGGGUUGCCAAAACAGAACAAUUGGGCGGUGGGUUAAAGGGUCUGCUGAAUCAAACGACUUUAAAAGGUGUCAUUCGACCUGAAUGGAUACAAAAGGUAUCAUCUCAUUCCAAUACACAAGACAAGAUGGCGAUGAUAAUUGUGAAUGAUCAUUUGGAGAACCCGUUCACGGGGCUAUUGGCGAAUCGAUUAUCCUGCAUGCAGUGUGGUUAUACAGGUGCAAUUCGACACUUCUCUUUCAACAACAUACAGCUCAAUGUCCCUAAUAAGUAUACGACAACAUUGGAAGAAUGUCUAUCGCAGUUCACAUCCAUGGAAUAUCUGCAAGAUGCAAGCUGUAGAAAAUGCUCGUUUGAAACCACAGUAAAAGCAUUGGCAGUAGAGAUCGAAUCACUAAAGCAUCAAUCAAAGAAACUCAAGAACGACACCAAAAAGAAACGGGAGGCUGUAAUUCAGCUGGUUGCCAUGGAGAAAGCCAAACGAGAGUUGCAGCACAGAUUAAGCGUCGGAAGGAUUGAAGAGGAAGGUGAUCACGACAAGUUACCGCUGCUACGAUCGGUGAGCCGCAUGAGUAGUAAACAGGUCAUGUUGGCCAAACCACCCAAAAUUCUAUGCUUGCACAUUUCACGAUCUGCAUUCCUCAACACAGGUGCCAUUUACAAAAACACGUGUCAGCUCUUGUUUCCUGAAUACCUGGACAUAUCACCCUUCAGCACCAACGGCACAUUACACACACAACCCAACAUUCCCAUCUCUACACUGAACGAAAAGAGUGCGGACAAAGGCUUUUACUAUCGACUGAUGAGUGUCGUAGUGCAUUAUGGAAGCCAUAGCUUCGGUCAUUUUGUGGCAUUCAAGCGUCGCAUUUAUGCAGAUCAAUGUAAAUGCUACCAAUGUGCUGGAAAUGGCAACGUAUCAGCAAAUGAAAAAGCAGAACAUUGGAAGUGUCAAAACUCGUGGUAUAGAAUAUCUGACUCCAAAGUCGAUGAAUGUUCGAUCGAAGAUGUAAAGAGAUCCAAUCCCUACAUGCUGUUGUAUGAGCUUAUUAGCGAAGACGAUGUGGAUAUCGAUGCAAAGGAGAAUGAAGACGAGGGGUGGGUUGAAGAAGACAGCGAUGACCAGACUGAGAAUACAUCCAUAGAAGUUGACGUUCCUGAACAAGACGAUGCAACAACUAACAAUAAUACUACUUAUACUAAUAUACCAACGGAUGAUGCUGCCCAAGAGGCGUUACGCAUUGCCAAUGCUCUUAUGAUGGGAGAUCGCAAGUAA